AAAACAAAAAACUUACCGGUUUAAACCUAUAAAUAGGACCACCCAACACAACCGCAAUUCCCACACCAUCAUCACCAUCACUUCCCUUCUCCCAUUCUUCUUUCUUCUACAACUAAAACAACAACAAUGGCGGACGAGGAGCAGACCACCGGCCACCGCGGCCUCUUCGGCUGGGGCAACAAGGACAAGUCCGACGACAAGCCCUCCUCCGAAUACGGCACCACCACCGAUGAUCAGACCGAGUUGACUGAAGGCGGCCACGGCGGCGGCCGUACCUCCAAGUACGGUUCCGGCGAGACCGACUCCGGCUAUGGAGCUGCCGCGGCCGGCCGCACCAACUAUGACUCUGAGAGCCGGCCGACUGAGACUGGCUACGGCGGCGCCACCAGGUAUGGAGAGUCUGAUGAGAAAACCACCGAUACCGGUUACGGCAGCGGUCGAACCGGAAGCAAGUAUGGAAGUGACGAUCAAACCGAUCAGGAGGCGGGAUACGGCCGAAAGAAUACCAGUUACGGAUCUGACCAGACCAAGACCGAAACCGGCUACGGGGACGACCGGACCGCUGAAGAGACCGGCAGUUACGGUCACAAGAAAACCGGCUACGGGUCCGACCAGACCGGGACCGAGAGUGGAUACGGAGGCGGCCGAGGUGACGAGUACGGGUCCGACGAACGGACCGGUACUUACGGCCAGGAGAAGUCCGAUUACGGAUCUGACCUGAACCAGACCGGAUCUGGCUACGGAGCCGUGGGCCGCGACAAGUACGGUUUCGACCAUCAGAACGCCGAGGUAGAGACCGGUUACGACCGAAAGGAGACCAGUUACGGGUCGGACAAGACCGAGUCCGGGUAUGGCGGGACCGGUACUGGAGCGGGCAGCAAGUACGGUUCGACCGAUGAUGACCAGACCGGUUACGGGACCACCGAGAAGUACGGUCGUGAUGAUGAUGAGAGUAAGACUGCUAGUGCUGGUGGUGAUUAUGAUGAGGAUAAUUCCGAGGGGAAAAAGAAGCACCAUGGCUUUUUUGGAUAAUCAUGAUGAAAAAUCCUAAGUUACGUGGGUGCUUCGGUUUAAAAAGGAAUAAAUAGCUAUGAAUAAAUCAUAGUAUUUGUGGGUUGUUAAAAAUUAAUUUACUUGUGUAAUGUGUGUACUUAAUUAUCAUCUUGUUCACUUAUGAUUUGUUAAGACUUGUCAGUUGUGUAAUAUUUGCUCAUAUAUAUGUGAAGCUGGGCUUCCGUACUUCGUUUUGAGCUUAAACCUUUGUAUGUUUUAUCAGUGUGAAAAUCUAUGUUAAUUAAGAAUGAAUGUAGUUGUGUAUAGAUUAUAUAUUGUUGAGU